GGUCAUACACAAAUAUAUUUUUGAAUAAUACAUGAAAAAUAAUUGAAGAUUAAAGUAGUGUAUGAUUGAGACUUAUGAGAAUUUCAAGAAUAUGAACAAAAUUUCUCUAAACUAAUUUAAUAUGAAAUGAAAGUCAGCAGGCAAAUGGUGGUGAUCAAAGCUAGUUAUAUAUUUAAAUCAUUGGUAAUAAGGAUAAGGAGCCUUCUCGGAACCAGUCAUAUCUUUAAUCAGGACGAUGCCAAGUCAGAAAUAUGGGAUAAUUAAUAGGAACCUCUUCACGGGAAUGGAUCAGGUCAUUAACCUUAUGGUGAGUAACCAUGAGUAACCCGUUCACAUCAGCAUGACAUCAGCAUCCUCUAUCUCAUGGAAAGCCUUUAAAUUUCCCCUCUUUAAUCUUUGACGGACGAUUUCUCACUCAUUUUAAGUCGAAAUUUAAUUAUUUUUUUUUGCACAGUUAGAUCAGAUUAAUUGUGCUUUUCAAAAUGAUAUCCACUUUAAUAUAUUUUUCGAACAUUAAAAAUUGAGCCAUUUUUUACCAGUCUAUACCAUAUGGUAUUGACUGGUAUUGAAAUAAAAGCAUACCUAUGGUUUGAAAAAAGUACCAUGGUGCUAUGAACAAACCAAGACUGUAGGAUGGUUGAAUACAUGAUAGUAGAAGUAUAUUAAUUUUCAUUCACGACUUUUAACAUUGUAUACCACACAAUACCACACAAUACCAGGGUGGUAUUGUAUGGUAUUUUUGGUCUUGUAAUUUGUUCACGCAGAAAUUUGUAGAUCCAAUAGAUCAUGAUGAACUCGUCCCUUCUGUGCAAACGUUUUCAAAAAUGAAUUAAAAACGAAGAAGAUACCAUACAAUACCACCCCGUACCGGGGUGGUAUUGUGUGGUAUUUUUUGGUCCUGUAAUUUGUUCACCCAGAAAUUUGUAGAUCCAAUAGAUCAUGAUGAACUCGUCCCUUCUGUGCAAACUUUUUCAAAAACGAAUUAAAAACGAAGAAGAUACCAUAUGGUAUGCAGUUGGUACCGAGAGGCCAGAAUUUUUUUUUUCUCAAAAAAAUAUUGAAAAUUGAUCUCAUUUUGUAGAGAACGAUGAACUCGUUCCAUCUGUGCAAAAAAAAUUAAAAUCCAAGUUAAAACGGAAUAGAUAUGAGUCAAUUAAGAAAGCUAGAAAAAAUAAAAAUGGUUUUUAAUUCUCCUUUCUUAAGUCUGAAUUUUCUAAAUAAAGCUAGAGAUUUGGUUAUUGAUUGGUGCGAGCCCCUCUUCACAAGUGGCAUCCCUGUGUCAACUAAGUGCUUAGUUUUGUUCCAAAAGAGUGAAAGACUCGCGAAGAAAGAAGCGAUCCGAUUCGAUCCAGUUUGUGUGAGGUCGAGAAUGGAGGGCGGAGAAAUUGAAAAGUUGCUCAAGGUAUGGGUUUGGGUCUUCAUCUCCCUAUUCUACUCUUAUCUCAUCCCUAAAUCCAUCCCCAAAGGACCCAAACGCCUAGUUUCCAUCCUCCCCGUCGUCGCUCUCUUCCUCUACUUGCCCCUCAACCUUUCCUCCGUCCAUCUCGCCGGCCUCACCUCCUUCUUCAUCGCCUGGCUCGCCAAUUUCAAACUCCUCCUCUUUUCCUUUGGCAGAGGCCCCCUGUGUAACCCGCCGCCAUCGUCCCUCCCACUAUUCGUCGCCGUUUCGUGCCUCCCCAUCAAGAUCCAGAUCCAGCAGCCGCCGCCGACUGCAGCUUCAUCCUCCAGAGCGCUCAAUUACACGCUCAAGGCCCUAUGCCUCGCCGUAUUGAUACGCGUAUACGACUACAGAGACCGUAUUCAUCCCAAACUCCUCCUAAUCCUCUACGUCUUCCACAUCUACUUCAUGCUGGAAAUCAUCCUCGCCGCCUCCGCCGCCUCCGCCAGGGCGCUCCUCGGCUUGGAGCUGGAGCCGCAGUUCAACGAGCCCUACCUCUCCACCUCGCUUCAGGACUUUUGGGGGAGGCGCUGGAACCUGACGGUCACACGGAUCCUCCGCCCCUCCGUCUACGACCCGACCCGGGAUUUGUUCACACGGUUCGUGGGGCCCAAGUCGGCUCCGCUGCCAGCUGUGUUCGCCACGUUCGUGGUAUCCGCGUUGAUGCACGAGCUCAUGUUUUAUUACAUGGGCCGAGCGAGGCCCACGUGGGAGACCACCUGCUUCUUCUUGCUCCACGGGGCGGCGGUGACGUCGGAGAUUGCGGUGAAGAAGGCCGUCAAUGACAAGGACAAGGAGGGUAGGUGGUCCUCCUGGUGGGUGGUGUCAGCCUCGAGAGUGCUGACCAUGGGAUUCGUCACUACGACGGCGUGCUGGCUCUUCUUUCCCAAGUUCGUGCACUGUCAGUUGGAUGCCAAGGCGUUUGAGGAGUACGCGGCUGUGGGCGCGUUCCUCACCAAUGUAAGCAACAGGAUUUCUUAUGAGAAAUUCUACAAUGCUAUAUAGUAUUGGUGCUAUAGGGUUUUGCGUUUAUGGUACAAUUUCAGAUUGUACUUAUACUUUUUGUAUAAAUUCUUUUAUGGUGCAACUUGAACUUGUAUCUUUAUGUGAUGGUACAACUUCAAGUUGUAAAGUUGUACUAUAACAUAAUGGUACAAAUUGCUUUAUGGUACAACAUAAACUUAUACAUUUAAUGUUAUGGUACAACUUUAAGUUGUACAUUAAAACACCAAUACUAUAUAGCAUAGUAGAAGUGCUCGUUUCUUAUAUCUAGCCUGCUCCACCCGUUAAUUGACGGUUCCCAUCCUUAUUUUUCCACCUCGUAACACCUUGACGUUCUUGUGAUAGCUGAUUUUUGACGUCUAUUAUUUUUAUUUUUUAGCUGUUAAAACUUUUUGUGCAGCCUGUUGGUCGGAAUGAACAUAAAUAAUUACUACUUUUUCUUCGACGAUCUUUGGAAUUUACGACUAACAAUGAGAAAUAAUAACUCCUUCCCUAUUGAAAGUUUUUGGAAUUGGAAUUUCAUUUGGGAAGAGCAAAUAUAAAGCAUUCUAAAUAGAAAAUAUGACAAUAGUAUAUAAAUAACUCAAGUCCAAUGCAGUCAAAAUCGGGAUUUUGAUCGUACAAUCGUGGGAUUUUGAUCGUAAAAUCGUAGGAUUUUACUUAGGGAUUCCGAUCCUGAUUUUACUAUAAAAUCGGUGGACCUUAAAAUCAUUCAAAAUCGGGAUUAAAAUUUUUAAAAUCGUAAAAUCGUACCAAAAUCGGGAUUUUGAUCCUAUGUAAACAAAAUAGGCAGUUUAAGUCAAUUCAAAAGAAGUAAAACUGUUUCGGUCAACCCCUUUUUCCUUCCCCUUGUUUAACUCAUCGGUAAAAUUGUUGUCAUAAAAUUAUAAACACGUAAAAAUUAGCAUCAUUAUAAUAAAUUAAUUGAUUAAUG